AUGAGACUGCUUCUAGAAGCUCUGGGUGUGGAUUGGUCCAACGAAAAUGGCGCUCCCAGCAACCGUUAGCCACACGACCUGCGCCAUCCAGCGGCGGCGCCGCUCCACCGCGCCAGCUCGCCGACGAGGCCCACCUUCUCGCCGCCAUCCCCACUCCGGCGCGGCCCUCACCCUCCGCGCCGCGCCGCCGCCGGCCACCCAGCCCACCCUGGACCGCGUCCUCUCCGACCUCGGGUCCCACCCGCGCCUCCUCACCCCCGACCUCCUCGACUCCCUCCUCGCCGCCCUCCCGCUCCACCCCUCCCCGCGCCGCAACCUCGCCCGCCUCCGCCGCCUCCUCUCCGUCUCCCUCCUCCGCCGCUACCCCGCGCUCGCCCGCCGCCUCCUCCACCUCCACGCCUCUCUGGGCCUCGUCUCCUACGCCCACCACCUGUUCGACCACCUGCUGCCCGCGCGCGCCCGGGAGGACGCCUUCCCGUGGAACUGCCUCAUCGCCGGGUACGCGCGCCUCGGCCGCCACGAGGACGCGCUCGCGCUCUACCUCCAGAUGGAGGAGGAGACCGUCCCGCGGGACCGCUUCACCUUCACGAGCGCGCUCCAGGCCUGCGCCGGCGUCGGCUCGGUCGAGCUCGGCCAUGCCAUCCACCGUGACGUCGUGCGCGCCGGUCUCGCGUCCGACGUGCCUGUGUGCGACGCCCUCGUGGAUUUGUACGCCACAUUCGGCGACGUACGGAGGGCUCUCCAGGUGUUCGAUGCAAUGCCGGACAGGGACGGCGUCUCAUGGAACAUCAUGCUUGCUGGGUGCCUGCGACAUGGGCUCUCCCAGCAGGCUCUGGAGCUCUGGAGAAGAAUGCUGAGAGAAGAACAUGAGCCCGACUCCAUUACAUUAUCAACAAUGCUGUCGAUACUGCCGUUGGUUUGUGACAAUGGUAAAUGGGGACUGGAGAUUCAUGCCUGGGCAAUUCGUCAUGGUCUCGAGACAGAGCUGUCAGUAGCAAAUGCUCUGAUCAGGAUGUACUCUGAUAAGAACGAACAGAGCCAUGCCCUGUUGGUGUUUGAGUCAAUGACGAUGAGGGAUCUGCAGUCCUGGAAUGCUAUAAUCUCUGCUCACCUCCAGGACUACAGAAUUCUCAUGAUCUUCCGUCGAAUGGUGGAUUCCGGGAUGCGACCAGAUGAGACCACCUUUGCGUUGGUGUUCUCAGCUUGUGACAAUUUAGGGCUGGUGGAGGGUGGCAUGAGAUUGUUCUCUGAGAUGGAGAAUGAGUACAGAAUUCCCCCUACUAUGGAACAAUAUACCUGCAUGGUGAACAUGCUAGGCAAGGCUGGGAUGAUCCAUGAGGCUUACGAGUUCAUGUCGAAGCGGAAGCCUCUCGACAAUGAACAGACUGUUUUGAGGGCUCUACUGCAGGCUUGCUUGAUGCAUCGCAACGCCAGGGUUGGAGAGAUCAUUGCGAAGAGGUUGAUCGAACUGGAGCCUGACAAUGAGCACAAUUUUGUAAAGUUGAUGGAGAUCUAUCAAAAUGUGGGAAGGUUGGUAGAGGCUGAAAAGGUGAAGAAGACGAUGAGGGAUAGAGGACUGUCAUGUCAAAGCUGAUGAAUUCAAAUGAUCAUAGUAGCUUUUGAACCAUAUUUCAGAGCUCUUUUGUUUAGUGGUGGUGAACAUAGAACUAACCCCAGUUCAUUGUCAAACGGUUGUACUUUGUACAGGCCAGUAUCAGGUGCAAAAACAAUUCUUUAAUUAAUGCUGUACAAUGGAGUAUUGUGUAUACAACAAUUGUAAGGUACAAUAUUGUAUAUACAACAAUUUUAAGAUACAACUACUCUUCUUUGAUCCA